AUGAAAGCGAAGGGCUCAACACCAUCCAAAUCUCCAAAGAAGAAGCCAGAAAAUGUUGCUGUGACAGUCGAAGCAACACAAGUGAUUAAACCAAUAGUGGAAGAGUCACAAGAAAACGUGGUUAUUCCUUCGAAAACAGGGAUGUUUCGAAGAAUAAAGAUGAAAUCCAAGCAUAAACGUAAGUCUUCAUCUCAGAAACUACUUCGUAAGCCUCAACUUUCUCAUCAAGGAGUAUUGUUUUGUGAGGUUCCUGUUCCUGUUUCUCCCGCAUCCAAGAAACGAGCAGGAGAAGACAUGGCGAAACAUUUAUCUCAACCAAAGAAGAAGAAUACGAAGAAGGCUCGAGAGAUUUUUUCAUCAAGUGAGUCUACAGAAGAGGAUGAACGAGUACCAGAAACUCCGGAAAUCACCUCUAUUCUUACAAGUUCAAUUCUAGAGACCACUGUCAUAAUCAUCCCGGAAGUUUCGAUUGCCAAGUCAAUUUUUGAGGAGGUGAGAACUUCAGGCUUGGGUGAAAAUGUUUCGAAGGAUGCAGAUCAAGGUCCAUUCAUCUCUACUCCUUUUGAAUCAUUAGUUUCUAUUACACCAACAUCAACCAUUCCUCUUACUUCAACUACUAUCUCUCCAACCUUCGAACACAUCCUCAAUCAACCGAUCACUUCCAUGUUCUCCUCUCAAUCAACUGAUACCCCCAAACCAACUUCACCCACUGAAACAGAUCAUGAAGGGUUUGGAGGAACAUUCGAUGAUUUGGAAUUUCAUGAUGAAGAAGAAGAUUUCCCUUAUCACAUGCUCAUGACCAUGAAACAAUACAAAAUUUUGAAUCAAAAGUUGAACUCCAUUAUUCAAUCCCAAGCUGAUCUUGGAGGGGGUUCAUCAAUUUCCAGUUUGGAGGUUGAUUCAAUGUUGAAGCUGUGUGAGUCCAAAAUAAUUUCUAAAGUGUCAGGCAUGUUGAAGGCUUCGGAGAUAGUGCUUAUGGAGAAGAUUGAUUACUCAGAUCAAACAAAUGAGCUUCGUCUUAAAACUCAAAGAUCUGAUUUUCUGGGAGAAGUGAAAGAACUACGAAACGUAACAAAAGAACGACAUGUUCUUUAUGUUCAGGAGGUUAAGAAAGUGAGGGAGGAUGUGAAUUUGAAAAUCCAAGAGCUUCAUAAAGACAUGAACAAGGAAAUUUUAUCUGUUCAACAUGAUUAUGCACGCUUACAUCAGAAGGUCAGUAUCAUAUGUGAUGCUGUUACUAAAUUUAUCAAGAUGUACGAAGGUUUGAGUCUAUAA